GCGAAAACUCGAACGUGAUAAGCAGAAAAAGGAUCAUGUAUCUCAUACUAAAGUUGUUGAAGAUGUUGAAAUUCCAUCUACAUCUAAAAAUAUUGCAACUGACAAGGAAGACAUCAAGAAUGAACUUAAUUUAGACGAUAAUAAGGAAUAUGAUACGCCGGAACAAGCGAUAUCUAGUGACAUGAAGGUCAACGAUACUAAUGAAAUUGAUGACGCGCUCAUUGCUGCUGAACUCGAUGCAGACAAACGAAGAGUUCUUCCACGAAGAAAUGCACGAAAUGCAGCAAUUUCAAAUAUUAAACUUUUUACUACUUCACCGCGUUUAACUUCCACCUGUGAUCUUAAAAAUUCUGCAAGUACAUUCAAACAUAAUCUGGCUUUUGUUUCUACUGCUGGGAGCAAUAGUGAUGAAAAUAGCGAUGAAGAGGAAAUGAAUGAAGUGGAAGAAGAGGAUGAUGAUAAUGAAAAUUCUUCUGAUGAUGAUUUUUUGUUGGAUAGUGAUGAGCGUCCUACUUUACGCAAAAUUGGAAAGCCACCAACAAAAAGAAAAAUAAUACCAAAGAAAAAAGCAAAUAAGAAAAAACAAACAAAGAAAGGGAAAAAAGAUGGACGUGCUAGCCGAAUAGCUGCUCUCCAACGUGCAUCAAUAGCAUUAGCAGCUGCUAAUCGGAAAAAAUUAUCAGCCUUUGCUAUUGAUGAAUCAAGCGAUGAUGAGGAGGCAGAGCCAGAUGAGGAAGAAAAGGAAAGAAAGCGUGCUACAGAGCUGAGUUUAUGCCAGCAUUGUAAAGGUGUAGACAGACCUGAUUUGCUACUUCUUUGUGAUAAUUGCGAUGAUGCAUGGCACACUUUUUGCCUCCGCCCGCAACUUUGGUAUGUACCCGAUGGGAAUUGGUUUUGCCCUCCGUGUGAACAUAAUUCUCUUAUAAAUCGCCUUAUUUAUGCUUUACUUAUGUUGCGUGACAACAAAAAGAUACAAGAUCAACAGAAAAAGAAGCGGCCGCUGAUCGACUUAAACGCGAAAUGGAUUUUAUUGGGUAUCAAAAAAGAUGAUGGUCAUGUCAACACUUCAUCAACAGAGGACAGUGAUGAAAGUGAGGAUGGGCAAUAUCUGCAACGAAAAUCGAAGAAACGCGCAAUGAAAAUAGUUACUUCUAAAUCUAGAUUACAAAGACGAGCAAUGGAGCAAAUCGAACAUCUAUGUCCAAUAGUGACAGUGGCUGAAGGAAGAAGUCGACGGGCGAUGAAACGAGUUGACUAUAAUUUCCGUUCUUAUGACGAGCAAUUACAGGAAGCAAUGCAUUCGAUUGACCCAGAUGCUAAACUCAAUGAGAAUGAAAUGUCAGAAAGUGAAGCUGUCCGUGGGAAAGAUAUGCAAAAUAUAUAUGUUGACGGGGAGCAGCAGAAGGAUAGUCGAGACAAGAGUGAUGAGGAUGAAGAAGAAUUGGAUGCACUCGCACGUAAACGAGAUGCCCCAGCAAGACCACCAAAGGGGCGAGCUCCAAAGGCUAACAAUAAGACAGUGAAGAAAAAUAAGCGUUUAACCGACUUAGAUGUUGAUGAUGUUACGGAAUCUGACACUUACCUUCCAUCUGAACGUACUAGAACAAAUAGAGGAAUGUGGUCUAGACAUAAAAGUGAUGAUGAAUUCAUCAAUGAUGAUUCUGAUCCUGAUUAUGUUGAAAAAUCGAGAAGACGUGCUGGCGGUAAAAAGAAGAAUCGCACGGAAACUAAAUCAAAAAAUAAGAGACGAAACACUGAAACAAGCACUUCGGAAGAUGACAACAAUAUACAACCUAGUGCGAGUGAUUCUGACGCACCUAGAUCAAAUCGAACUAAAAACAAAAGACAGAAAUUAAGUAUAAGUUCAUCUGAUGAAGAAGAAGCAAAGCGGCUGAAAAAACUGACUGAAGCAGGUCGGCCGCUAAGGAGGGCAGCGGCGAGAGUGGGCGCACGUUUAAUUGAAGUUGAUGAUGAGUUUGAAAAUGAGGAUGAUUAUGUAGCUGAACAUGAAACAAAGACUGAGGAUGAUAAAAUAGAAGAUCGCAAUGACAAAAAUGCUUUUGUAGAUAAGCCUAGUCUUCCAUCUACUAGUGCUUUAGAAAACAAGAUAGACCGAUCAUCAAAUGAUGAUUUUGAUGACGCUGAUGAAUUUAUGCCUAAUGAAAUAGAGGAAGUAGAAGCAGAUGAAGAAGAGGAGGAAGCAGAAGUCGAACUUGAAAAUGAGGCUGUAGACGAUGACGAGGAAGAUGUAGAAGAUGAAUCUAGCGAUGAAAGCAGCAGUAAAAGUUCGGGUGAUGACGGAGAAGAAAAUUCUGCGAAUAAAACAUCAAAUGUUGAAAGGACAAUUAUUAAAAAUAAAUUACCAUCACCAAUUAUGAAAGUAAAGAAAAAAUUACCUCCACCACGAAAAGCAUCAAAAAAUAAGAAGAGAGCACCAACUAAAAUUAAAAAAGCUGGCCGUGGACGAGGAAGAAAGCAAACGACUAAAUUAGAGAACUCAAACAGCAAACCAGGCAUUGAAAAGAUAAAUUCUUUGCAACGGAAGAGGUCAACGUCACUUGCUAAAGAACCUGUUGUUAAAGGUACAACGCCACAAAAGCUUACUGAAACGAAUAUCUCAGCAGCUAGCAACAAGUCUCCAUCUCAGCAAUCACUAUCACCUCAGACGACAAGGCAGCGACGAAAUCCUUCCACCCUCUUAAAGAACAAAAUUGUUCAAGCUGAAACGAAUUCUAAACAACAAAAGAUACAAGAAUUACCAACAGUAUCUUCAAACGAUGAUUCAAAUAUUCAAAAACAACAGAAAAGUUUACCUCCCAAACCAGGAAAAAUUGAGAUACCUUUAGCAUUAACUAUUUCUGAACCAUCAAAAGAGCAAAAGACGGAAGUGAGGAUACCAGUGAAAACUCUUUCCAAUGAGAAUAUCACUGUUGAAAAUGAAAAAUCUCUAAAAAAGAUUGCACCCAUUAAUUCAAAUAUUAAUGAGCAAACUAUAGAAAAGACAAUUGCCCCGCCGAGGAAUGUUGAAAUGAGCAUUAAAGCAAAGUUGGAAGCUCUUGUAAAAGAAAAGAUACAACCUAAAAUUGAAAAGACAGUGACAUCUGCAAAGUACUAUUUUUGA